AUGUCUGUCGUUGAAGGGACGUUUGUUGAGCCAAGCAGCUACUCAACACACCAGACGACACUGACGUAUAGUAUGGUCUAGGUACUCCGUACCGAGGUACUCGUACCUGCAGUAAGUACCCAUUGGCAAAUACUUGCGGACACGUACACCCAACCCUUACCACAUUCAACAUAGACAGACUCGAGAGCUGACGGCCGAUAGAUGGUAUAUCCAAACACCUGCCGAUCACGAAUGCGCCGAGACGAGAGGCACAGUUGAGCCUGCGAGCAACAGCCGGCCGGCGAUUGGAAGUGGAAAUGACCGCGAAAAGAACCGGAUCGCUGGCAAAGGGACAAAUGCCACGAGGAGGUGGAUAUUUGGUCGGUCCCAGCAUGACUGCAGACAGCUCCAAGCGGCUGGAAAUGGGUUUCCUGCAAUUGGAAUUGACAACAUCGCACCGCAAGGACCGGUGCCCACAGUAGAAGUCCCGCAUUUCCCUCGCAAAAGGACAAUCAAUGAUGAAACAGGAUUUGGAAGCGCAAAACUUGAUAGAAGAAAUGUGGCAUUGCAAAACAAUUCCAACUGCGACGUCUUCUGGUGCUUUAUGAACCCCUCCAGUCUUCCGGCUAUAUUGACACGUCAAUAG